CUCUCCGCGCCGGCGCAGCCGACCAGGGGGCGGCGGGGUCUCGUCGGGGCGGUCCCGGGGCGGCGUGGGCUGCAGCCAUGGGGGUGGCGGGGCCGUGGGCGCUGCGGGCCGGUCUGGUGGUGGGGGCUUUGGCCUUGCUGCUGCAGGGUCUGCGGGGCUGGCUGGCCUGCAAGAGGUACGAGUUCCAGCCCGCAGAGAUCGCCCAGCUCGCCCGGCACCACGCGGGGCUGGACCAUGAGCUAGCUUUCUCCAAGAUCAUUGUGGAGCUGCGGAAGAAGCACCCGGGCCACAUCCUGCCCGACGAGGACCUGCAGUGGGUGUUUGUGAAUGCAGGCGGCUGGAUGGGCUCCAUGUGCCUGCUGCACGCCUCCCUCACCGAGUAUGUGCUGCUCUUCGGGACGGCCAUCGACACCGGGGGCCACUCAGGUCGGUACUGGGCGGAUAUCUCCGACACCAUCAUCUCGGGGACCUUCCGGCAGUGGAAGGAGGGGAGCACCAGAAGUGAGAUCUACUAUCCCGGGGACACCAUCGUGCACCAGGCGGGAGAGGCCACAUCGGUGCAGUGGAGUGCGGGCACCUGGAUGGUGGAGUACGGCCGGGGCUUCAUCCCCUCCACACUCGCCUUCGCCCUAGCUGACACCCUCUUCAGCACUCAGGACUUUGUCACCCUCUUCUACACCCUGCACGUCUAUGCCAAGGGCCUGCUUCUGGAAGCCAACGCCUUCAUCAGCACCUUGGGGUGCUGAGCCCAGCCGGCUUGGCUUCCCCGUCAGCCUUCCUCCCUGCUCCUCUUUCUCCUCUCCAGGCCACAGGUCCCAAAACCUGGGGACGAGGAUGCUGGUGCAAGCCGGGCUGCCCUAUGCCCCUCAGGGCAAGGUGCAUGGGGAAAGCCAGCCCUGAGCAGCCUCAACAGAGGUAGGCCGGGAGGUUCCCGGUGUCCCAGCCAGGCUGCCGGGCUGCCGCGGCUGCGGUCAGCGCAGAGCGAGACGUCCAGCUGGCAGCUCCCGCCCUGGCUCCCAUCCCUGCGGACAUGGGUUGGCAGCACACAGUGUCCCCACGGCACCAGGGGGCUCUGUGCUGGGACCCCCAGGCAGCAAGUGGAUGCCUGGCCUCUGUGCUGGAGGUUCGUCCUGGGCUGGCCCCUGGCCCCAGUGUGUCAUCUCCCCUGGGGAUACAGGGGCUAGAAGAGGGUCCCUUUCCCACAUGCCCUGCUGCUGUUCCCCCAAGGGGGACAGCCACCCUCUGUCACCUUAACCGAGCGUGGCCUCCAAGCUAUGCACGUACCUAGUGUCUGCAGGUGCCCGAACCUCCGAAUCAGCUCAGGAUGGGACUUUGCCCCUCAAAACGCUUCCCCCUGGCUGAGGCCCGUCAGGGUCCCUGGCUGAGCUGGGGUGCGGACCCUGCUCACAGCCCCGUGCCCAAAGCCAGACCCGUGCUGGCUUGCUGCUCAGUGGAGGGCUUUCACCUCCACGCUGUUGCCAAAAUAACGUGUGUGUGUGUGUGUGUGUCCUGGCCAUCAGGCCUGUAGCAUGUCCUUCCUCCCCGCUCCCCAUACUGACCUCUUCCCGCCAACCGGCAGCCCCACACGCAGGCUACGUCUUAAUUUGCCACCCAGAAAGAGAUGUCAGUAAUAAAUGUCUUCAUCCCACCCCCCCGGGAAGUCUCUGGAGCUUGCUGAGCCCCUGCCAUGGGGCAGGAUCUGUCCGGCUCCGGGCUCAGCAGCGGAGCAGGGGGUCCUGGGGACAGCCAGGUGUCCUCAGAGAGGUGCAAAGGGACAGGGGUGAGUGCAUGGAGAGCAGGGUAACGCGCACGGGUGUGAAACAGGCACAAGAGGUACUCUGGGGGUGCACAGGCUGUGUGCAUGCACAGGUGCAAGCAGGACAGUUGGGUGUGUGUGGGUUGGGUGUGCACAGGUGUGGGUGUACGGAUAGGUAAACGUUUGCAGGGGGUAUGGUCAGGAUGAGUGUGCAUACACUGGGAUAUAUGUAGAGCAAUUGUGUAAAGCAAUCAGUCCAUAUGGUGAGAAUGAGCGUGUGCACACACAUUGGGCACAUAUGCACAAAUCUGUGUGUGUGCACAUAGAGAGUAGAGUGGUAUGCGUGCCUCUAUAGGGUGCACAUGUGCACAGUCCAGGAGUGUAUGUGUGUGUGCAUGCACAGGGGUGUGUUUGUGUGUGUGAGUGUUCCUGCAGGCCUGUUGAGGAACAUGAGUGAUCCUGCACCGGCCCGUGUGGGAAUGCGCUAACUCAGCAGCUCAUAUCAAUACAUCUCCACUUACAGCAAAGGCCGUGUAAUGAAAAUCCAAUGGGCACGCUGGUGGGAGUAAAUAGGUAUGCCAUUAAAAUGAGAAAAUCAAA